ACCCGACAUGGCGGCGGCCUCCCGGGUGUUCGCUUUCCGUGACGCUCGCUGGGCGCCGGACCCGGUGCUGGAGCCGAGCGCGGCCGUGCGCACGCCGCAGCCGGUGCCGCUGGUGAUCGAUAACGGCUCCUUCCAGACGCGGGCGGGCUGGGCCUGCGCCGACCCUGCCGUCCCCGCGGAGCCCCUGCUCCGGUUCCGCUCGCUGGCGGCGCGCAGUCGCGGGGCCCGCGGCGGGGCCGGCGCCGAGACGCAGGUGGGCAACGACCUGGGGAGCCCCGAGCCGCUGCGCUGGCUGCUCCGCUCGCCCUUCGACCGCAACGUGCCCGUCCAGCUGGAGCUGCAGGAGCUGCUCUUCGACCACGUCUUCCAGCGCCUUGGCGUCUCCUCGCAGGGAUGUGUGGAUCACCCAAUUGUUUUGACAGAAGCAGUGUGCAAUCCUCUGUAUUCAAGACAAAUGAUGUCAGAGCUCCUCUUCGAAUGCUACCAAGUGCCAAAAGUCUCCUAUGGCGUAGACAGCUUGUACAGUUUUUACCACAACAGAAAGCAGAGCUGGCCCUGCAGUGGCUUGGUCAUAUCUUCAGGUUAUCAGUGUACCCACAUCUUGCCAGUCUUAGAAGGCAGGCUGGAUGCUAAAAACUGCAAACGCAUCAACCUCGGCGGGUGCCAGGCAGCUGUGUACCUGCAGCGCCUGCUCCAGCUGAAGUACCCAGGGCACUUUGCUGCCAUCACCCUCAGUCGCAUGGAGGAGAUACUGCAUGAGCACAGCUACGUGGCAGAGGACUACAUAGAAGAGCUGCAGAAGUGGCGAUCCCCAGAGUACUAUGAGAACAACAUGCACAAGAUGCAGCUGCCUUUCUCUAACAAGCUGCUGGGGAGCACUCUGACAUCAGAGGAAAAGCAGGAGAAGAGGCAGCAGCAGCUGCGGCGCCUUCAAGAGCUCAACGCGCGGCGCCGGGAGGAGAAGCUGCAGCUCGACCAGGAGAGGCUGGACAGGUUGCUCUAUGUACAGGAACUCCUGGAAGAUGGUCAAAUGGAUCAAUUCCACAAAGCUUUGGUGGAGCUGAACAUGGAUUCUGCAGAAGAACUUCAGUCUUACAUCAACAAGCUGAGUCUGUCUGUUGAGCAAACGAAGCAGAAAAUCCUCCAGGCAGAAGUCAAUGUUGAAGUAGAUGUCGUGGACAGCAAGCCAGAGACUCCUGACUUGGAUGCAUUGGGCAGUGAGCAGUCCCUGGAGGAUGUGGAAAGCAUUAAUGAGUUUGAACCUUUAUUUGCUGAGGAGCAGCCUGAAGUUGAGAAGCCUGCUGCUGCAGUGCAGCCUGUGUUUAACCUGGCAGAGUACCACCAGCUCUUUCUUGGCACUGAACGAAUCAGAGCUCCAGAGAUUGUCUUCCAGCCCUCCCUGAUAGGAGAAGACCAGGCUGGUAUAGCAGAAACCAUGCAAUAUGUCCUUGAGAGGUACCCAAAGGAGCAACAAGCUAUUCUUGUCCAGAAUGUUUUCCUCACUGGUGGAAAUACAAUGUACCCUGGACUGAAAGCCAGAGUCCAGAAGGAGCUCCUUGAAAUGAGGCCCUUCCAGUCAUCUUUUCAGGUUCACCUUGCUUCCAGCCCUGUUUUAGACGCCUGGUAUGGGGCCAGGGAUUGGGCAGUGGAAUACAUGGCUCGGGAGGAAGGCUGGAUAACCAGGAAAGACUAUGAAGAAAAAGGGGGAGAAUACCUCAAGGAACAUUGUGCUUCAAAUGUCUAUGUCCCCAUUCGCCUUCCCAAGCAGGCUCCAAGGACAGCAGAGGCACCCAGCAGAGCUCUGGCAUCCAGCGCUGGCAACCCCUGCGAGCAGGCCUAGCGCUGAGCCCUGGGCAUGGCCCCAGGGCUGGAGACAGCAGGGCAGAGAAAGGAGGAGAUACUGUUGUGUGCAGAGCAGACCUCAGCCUGUCCUUGCUGGCUGCUCAGUAUGGAACAUCUCACCCAGGACCAGCCUUGCUGGGGCAGCGGCUGGCACUGCUGCGCUGCGCUUCAGCUCGUGGUGCUGCCCGUGCAGGGCACAGCAGUGUGCAUCAGCGAGGAGGAACACCACAGCAGGGCGUUCCAGGGGGAAAUAACAUCUCACAGACGUUGCUAGGGAGGCUCAGGGGGUUUGAAGAGUGUAUGUUUUGUUUAAUGCAAACAUCCUGGGUUUGUACUGCUUGCCCUGGGUGAUCCAGAAGCUGGAGCAAGGCUUGCACCAAGCGAGUCAGCCCAGCAGGCGUCCCCCUCGCUCCUCCCAGCCAGCCUCAGCCAGGACAUGUUCUGCUGUUGUGGAGGGGCUGAUCUGUGCCUUUCCUCCUGAGGCCUCCUGUAUUCACCUCUUGUUUGAUUUCCUUCCUGCUGUGCUUUGCUAAACCUCCUCUGAACACACAGUGGGAUUUCAGGUACUUUUUUACUUCAUUUGUGAC